AUGGAGAAAAUCAAACACAGACACAUCCGCACAAACGGCAUAAACAUCCACGUGGCAGAGAUCGGCGACGGGCCCGCCAUCUUGUUCCUCCACGGCUUCCCCGAGCUCUGGUACACGUGGCGCCACCAGAUGCUGUCACUCUCCUCCAGGGGCUACCGCGCCGUCGCCCCCGACCUCCGCGGCUACGGCGACUCCGACGCUCCGCCGCGAGCCUCCAGCUACACCGCCUUCCACAUCGUCGGCGACCUGGUGGGCCUGCUGGAUGCCCUGGACCUGGACCGGGUUUACCUGGUGGGCCACGACUGGGGAGCGGCUGUGGCCUGGUACUUUUGCUUGCUCCGGCCCGAUAGGGUUAGGGCUCUUGUUAACAUGAGCGUUGUGUUUCAGCCUAGGAACCCAAAUAGGAGGCCCGUGGAGUCGAUGCGGGCCAUUCUUGGUGAUGACUAUUAUAUCUGCAGAUUUCAGGAACCUGGGGAGGUCGAGGAGGAGUUUGCCCGUGUGGACACCGCAAGAUUGAUCAAGAAAUUCUUAACAUCAAGAAAUCCAGCUCCUCUUAUUGUUUCCAAAGAAGUUGGAUUUGGGGGCUCGUCUCAAAAACCAAUUGUGAUGCCCUCUUGGUUAUCUGAAGAGGAUGUUGAAUAUUACGCUAGUAAAUUCGACAAGAAAGGAUUCACGGGUGGUCUGAAUUACUAUCGAGCAAUGGAUCUAAAUUGGGAGCUCAUGGCACCAUGGACCGGUGUACAAAUAAAAGUUCCCGUAAAGUUCAUUGUGGGGGAUCUCGACUUAACUUAUAAUACACCGGACAUGUGGCUCCAAUCCCACUCGAGCUGCCCGGUUUGCAGGACCCGGGUAAGGGCCCGAGGCACGGGCAGCUCGGUUGGGCCCAUUGAGAAUUCACAAGAAAGCGUUGUAGGUUCGGGUUCGGGUUUUGGGUGGAUAUCCUCACUUCCAAACCAGGCAAUUGUGGUUUGA